GGUUUGGUAGCGAAGUGGAAUUACUCUGUUUUGCCGUUUGUUUACAGUUUCACGUCUACAAAAAAACCUCCAAAAUGGUGUUUUUCGAAGUAUGCGGCCCCAAUGAGGCUAUGGUUGUUUCGGGAUGCUGUCAUACCAAACCCCUGCUCGUCUCCGGUGGCCGUACAUUUGUCUGGCCAAUCAUCCAGCAGAUUCAAACCCUUUCCCUUAACACCAUGACGUUACAGAUCAACACAGAUAAUGUCUACACCCGCCUUGGUGUUCCGAUAUCCGUCACUGGGAUUGCACAGGUCAAGAUCCAAGGUCAGAACAAAGACAUGCUCCUGGAGGCCUGCCAACAGUUUCUCGGCAAAACGGAACAUGAGGUUGAAAUGGUUGCCAUGGAGACACUUGAGGGUCACCAGAGAGCCAUCAUGGGAACAAUGACUGUUGAGGAGAUUUACAAGGACCGCAAGAAGUUUGCCAAGAACGUUUUUGAGGUUGCCUCCUCUGAUCUGGUCAAUAUGGGCAUCAGCGUGGUCAGUUACACCCUCAAGGAUGUCAGAGAUGAACAUGGUUACUUGAAAGCCUUGGGUAUGGCUCGUACUGCUGAGGUCAAGCGAGAUGCAAGGAUCGGUGAAGCUGAGGCCAAGAGGGACUCUGGCAUUAGAGAAGCGCGUGCUGAAGAGGAGAGGAUGGCUUCGCGAUUCGCUAACGAUACCGAAAUCGCCAAAGCCAAGAGGGAUUUUGAGCUGAAGAAAGCUGCAUAUGAUAUGGAAGUACAGACCAAGAAGGCUGACUCUGAGCUGGCCUAUGAGCUCCAGGCUGCCAAGACCAAGCAGCGCAUCAAGGAAGAGCAGAUGCAAAUCAAGGUGGUGGAACGGUCUCAACAAAUCCAGGUUCAGGAGCAAGAAAUCUCCCGUCGGGAGAAGGAACUAAAGGCUCAGGUCAAACAGCCUGCGGAAGCUGAGAAAUUCAGACUGGAGACCAUUGCCGAUGCUAACAUGAAGCGUGUUGUGAUGGAGGCUGAAGCCUCAGCAGAGGCAAUCCAGUUGAGAGGUGAGGCGGAAGCGUUUGCCAUUGAGGAGAAAGCCAAGGCAGAGGCAGAGCAGAUGGCCAAGAAAGCUGAUGCCUGGAAGGAUUAUCAAGAUGCUGCUAUGGUAGACAUGGUCCUGGAGACACUCCCGAAGAUCGCUGCGGAGAUUGCUGCCCCAUUGGCUCAAGCCAACAAGAUCACCAUGGUGUCCAGCGGUAAGGGAGGCGUGGGAGCCGAUAAGCUGACCGGUGAGGUGAUGGACAUCAUGAACCGAGUGCCUGAGCUCGUGGAGAAGAUGACUGGUGUCAACAUUUCCCAGGCAAUUGGUGCCACAAGAGUUUAAACUGUCUCCAGUUAUGAUGUAAACACACCUGCGGGUAAAUGGAAGAUUCCAUUAUCGUCAUAAUAUAUGCUCCCCUAUAAUGGAAAGUGGACCAGUCCUUCCAUGUAAGUAAGUCAAACGUGUAUCAUAGCUUGGAGUUGAUUAUUAUUAAUAUCGUUGUUGUCUUGUAAAUUCUAUUUUUUGUUUGAGAUAUUUUUGUGUGGGUAAAACCACCGAAAAAUCCUUUGAUGCAAACGCAAACAAAACAGUAUUUCUUGUGUCAAAUUUAACAAAUACUAAGAUUCCAAGUUCUUUUGUUCCUAUCGUUAUGACAGUCUUUAUCUUCAAAAAACAUUCAUACCAAAUUGUGAUUGGUCAACUCAUGUGACUGGUCGAUCCAUGGCAACAACAGUCUGAUAUUAUACCAUAUUGCUCGGUCCAUGUCGUACUCUGCGUAUUGUGCUGUUCAAACUCCUUAAGUUGUGCUAUUUUAAGCUGCGCAUGAAGUUUGCUUGAAGAUACAUUCUUUCUCACAUGUGCCUUCGGCCUUGUUGCAUAUGGGGACGCAGAAACAGUAUAUUUUUCUGUAUUCCACUCAAGUUUGUGUGAUAACAAAUAGAACAAAUAGAUAAAUGCUCACAGAUAAAACCUCCAUAGAACUGUGCAUUGUUUGACACUGUAAAGCCGAGUUGUACUGGCAUCGUGUUUAUCGUGGCCAUAACGGCUUUUAGCCUCUGUCAAAACAAAUAGAUUUGGCUGUGGAUAAGCGUCUGCAAAUUGCUAUUUUUUCAAGAUAAUGGCUUCAACCAACAGUUAAAGCCAUAUAGCUGGAAAAACUUGUGAGUUUGUUCUCCAUUUUUCAUCCAUAUAUUGGAAUCGGUAAAAUUUAAAUCUGUACUAAAGUUAUAGCCAUAGCUGAAUUACAACUAUGUGACACAAUUUGUACUUCUUCAUUCAAUCAAACAAACAUCAAAAUCAUAUGCCAGAAGAAUUCUUAACCAGAAAAACAAGCAAUAGCUGGGAGGGGUGCCACUUCAAUAAGGGAACUUAAUUUUAGGAGUCAAAAGCGAAAACUUUGGAAAGCAUUGUGAGUUAGGAGACCAUGGCUGAUUAACUAUGAAGCCAGUUGCAAACGCUGCCUGUGUACGUUGUUUGAUAGUUGUGGCAACAGUUGUCAUGGCAAUGAUUAAUGUCCGUAGCCAGGAGCAACAGCUGUCACCCAGCUUUUUAAACUGAUCAGCUCUCAAGCCUCAAACCUUUUUUUUUUAAUUCUGUAAGGACAAUCGCAGGAUGAUUUAAAAUAUUAAAAUCAAACCGCCUUAAACAGAUUCUGUGCUCAAAAUUCUUUCAGUUAAUACUAAAAACUGAUAGCAUUAACUAUAUAUACAGUGACAAUGUAUGUAACUUUAGCUGUAAGAAUAGUAAUUUGGGGUGAAGGAUUGUGCUGUUUAAAAACCAUCUAAAUAGACAGUAAAAACCAUCUAGUUAACAAUAAUGGGCCAUAACAAUAAUGGGCCAUUCAAAUAAUUGAUUCCAUUUCUUGUAUAUUCAUUUAAUACUUGUGGGUUUCAAACAAGGUUUGGUUUAUUCAGAAAUUAAUAGCAAUACAAUACAAUGGGUUUUUAUAUAGCGCCAUUUCAUUUAGACCACAGCGCUUUAGACGAACAGUAGCAAUGCAGAUAAUACAACAAAUGAACAAUAAAGCAAUAAACAGACACUAAGGAAAAAGAUGUUUUUUAAGAGCUUUCUUGAAAAUAGCCAGUGAAAUUGAGGUGCGUACUGUGAUGGGAAGAUGGUUCCACAGUCCUGGAGCGGCUAAGGAAAAUGAUUUAUAUGCAGCGGAUUGAAGAGAUUUGCUGCUUAGUUUAUUUUCAGCAAGACGGGUUAUGUCUGAUGCUGAGCGAAGCCCAGCCCUAAUUUGAAUGUGAAAAGAAAAACAAGAUGAAAGCCAAAACUUCAAUUUUUUGACUCGGAUUUUGAAGUUGAAACUGAAGUGGUUCACACUGUUAGUUUUAACAAUAAAUGAUGAGCACAUUUAGUACUAAAUAACAACAGGCAGAAUUUGAAAGAACUUUAACAAUCGAGUUUAACAAUUCCCAGCAUUUCUUUACGAUAAAAUUUCAAUGUUUUUAAUUUCAGAUUCUUAUCACCAUAAAUGCGUGUCCUACAUACAAAUUAUAUUAUACUCUUUCAUAUAAUUAUUCCGGCUUUUUUUUUUUAGAGUAGUGUUUAUAUACAAACAUAUUACCUUUGUAAAUAGCUUUCAGUAUUUCAGUAUUUUUACGUCUGUAUUCGAUAUAUUAUUAAGUCAUUAUGAUAUUAUAGUCAAUACUACAUUAAACUGUUUAAAUCUUUAAAAAAUACUACAUUAAACUGUUUAAAUCUUUAAAUAGUGAUGUUAUACGUUGCUGCAUUUUUUUUUUUUUUUUUUUUUUUAUUAUUUUUUUUUUUUGGUGGGGUAACAUUUGAUUUCAAUUUCCUUUCUGGUUCUGUGAGUUUUCUUUGGGUUUCAACAUUUUCCAGGUAGUGCUGUUUUCACUACUACUCUCUCUGAGUUUGUUAGAACUUACUUGCAUAUUUGAAUUCAAUUGUGCAUAGUGAAAGUAAAUUAUGCUUAAAAAAUGAGGUAUGCUUUUGGAAAAUAUUGAAAAUCAAGUAUGCUUCUGUAAAUUAAGUAUGCAUCUUGAAAAUCAAGUAUACUUAAUGAAAAUCAAGUAUGCUUAAUGAAAAUCAAGUAAGCACAUUGAAAAUCAAGUAUGCUUAAUGAAAAUCAAGUAGGGGGCCUAUGCAUAUUUAACAUUUUGAAAAUCAAGUGUGCAUAUUAUUGACAAAAAGUAUGCAUUCAAUUUUUUUUUAAUCAACAAUUUUCAAAGAUUUAUUAUUCAUUUAUAAUCUCUCUGGAGUGCUAACUGGUUUAUUAAGAUAGUGUUGUGUUGUAAAUAACAGACAACCAUUGUCUUAUGAAUAUUUAUAAGUUUAUUAAUUUGCUGAUUGAUUGAUUUAAUACAGAUCAUUUGAGCUCUUGCCCUACAGUGUCUUGACCAAUCAUUGAACAGCUAAAAAACUGACCCCAAAAAGUUGAGCUUAACCGUUUGAAAUCCUAUCCUGCAAUCCUCACACGAUGAAGGGGGACUCAGGUCUUUCUUGUGUGUACUAACACUGGGCAGGUAUCUUUUGUGGGCGGGGCGUAAUGAUCAAAUUUUAUUCAAAUUUGUACAAGUUGUAAUUUACAUGAAAUCAUUAGAGUGCCUGUAAUUUGCAUCAUAGGUUCAUAAAGUAGUGCCCUCAUUUGGGAAACAAAAGAAAAGCAUUACCAAGUUUGUUUCACGAUACAAUACAGGGUUUAUUCUAUUAUGAUAUGAAACAUAUUCUCACUCAUAUUCAUGAUGUAUAUAUUUAAUUUUGUUUAAUACUCCAAAUUUAUUUUGAGGACUUUGUUCACUUUCUUCUUUGCAACAAUUUAACUACUCCCUGUUAAUGUUUAUGAUGAAUAACUUUACUUUUAAUUCGUAAACUAGAUUAUUUCCAUUGCAAUUUUAGAAAUAGGUUUUCAGUAUUUUGUAUUUUAAUCUGUGAAUUAAUAGUAAUCAAAUGUGAAUCCAAAUCAUACAGUAUGAAAUAGUGAAUAAAUUGUUCGGAAUGUAUUAGAAUAACAGAUUUGUCACACA